GUGCUCCAGCCUGCAUUUGCCCUCUAACUACUGGGAGGAGUUCCGCUUUGUCUAUAAAAAGCUGCACUUUGCUGAACACUGUAACAGAACCAAACUUAGGGACCUGAUCACCCAUCCUCUGUGGAGAGAGCAGACUGAAAACAACCAUGUUUGGGAUUGGGAAGAAGCUCGCUGAGGAAGCAACACAACAAGCUGAAAGUGCUGCACAGGUGGCAGUUAACACAGUGGGUCAGACUGUGCAGCAAGCAGUGGAUCAGGCUAAGGAUGCUGGUCAGAAAGCUCUUGAUGAAGUCUACAAAGCAGCUGAAACUGGGGAAAAAGCUGUAAAAAAUGUAGCAAAUCAAGCAACUUCCUGGGGCAAAAGCUUUGGACAAUGAAGAUGAUAAUGUAACACCACCGAACUUCUUGUAAAUUUUUACUGCAUGUACUCUUAAAUAAAACCCCUAUAAUCUA